AUGGGGGACAAGCUGGGGACACGUUGGGGACAUAAGGGGAGUGCGGGGGUGUCCCUUAAGGAGGGGCUGGGGACACCCUGGGGACGUGGUGGCACUUGUCACUUGUGCCAGCGCCUGGCGCAGGAGGUGGCACAGCAGAAGGGCCGGGCAGAGGCGGCCGAGGAGGCGCUGGGGGGACUGGCCCAGGCGGCUGCCAGGCUGGCAGCGGCGGUGACGGGACGCGAGGCUGCGGUGACAGCAGCCACCAGGGCCUUGGGUGGCCUCAGCGCCCGGCUGCGUCGUGCGGGGCGGCGGCUGCGGGUCCUGCAGGGGCUGAUGGCCCCGGUGGUGGCCCUGGACUGGCCGCGGUGGCAGUGGGAGCCAGCGGGUGACAACCUGGUGGCCGAGGUGACAGGAGGAGCCCGUCAGCCUGUGGGGACAUCCGAGCCCCAGCACAGCGGGGUGGCCUCAGGGCUGGCCAAGGUGACACAGGACGAGGCCACCCCCUGUGGGGACAGGAUGAGCGUCCCCCCCGGCAGAGUGGCGCUGGGCUCCCUCGUGACACAGCUGCAGGCCCUGGGCGCCGCCAUCCUCGGGGACCUCGAGGACGAUGGGGGCAUCGGGGACCCCCCCUGACCGGUGUCCAGGUGAGUCACCCCCCGUGUCACCUCCCAGGUGACAGUGCCACCCCUGGGCCCUGUCACACGCUGGCUCUCGCCACCCCCAAUGAUUGAUUUUAUUUGAAUUUCACAGGUUUUGCCCCUUUUUCACGUCGUUUCGGCCCAUUAAAGCUGUGAUACCGCUGGUGGCCCCGUGUCCUCUUGAGGGUGGCACUUGGGGACAGGGACAGGAGUGUCCCCGUGGUUUAGGCUGGCAUAGG